AUGACUGAAGCCAAACAAGAUUUAAUUGAAUUAUCAACAAAUCCUUUAGAUGUAUGGAUAAAUACACAUUAUGAUGAAUUGUGUGCAGGUAUGACGUGUAAAAAUGCUCUAUUCUGCAAACCAUCAGACAUGAAAGACAAGAAUUUUCAAAUGAGCAUUAAGGAUAAAUGUGAUAGGAAACAAAGAAAAAUAGAUGGUAAACAAACAUGGUAUUAUGUUUUGAAAGAAGAAAUGAAAGGAUUAUAUAAACAGGUUGAACCAAACGAUAAUGAUGAUUCAUUUACUGACGAUGAAAUACCUGUAAAUGAAGCUUUAUAA